AGCGGGCGGCGCUCAGGCUGACUGGGACAUGUCAGCCUCUUGAGUGUGGACGGGUUUUCCCUGACCAGGAGCCCGCAGGCCUUCUGGUGACCGCCACGGCUGUCGCCUCCGAGCGUGGGUCCCAGACCCUGGACGGCUGUGGCGGACGGCGAGUUUCCCGGUCCCUUCCAGACGCUGUCUGGCGAGAUCGGACGUUUACAGAUGUGGUCCAGACCUGUACAUGAAUAACUUUGGUUAGAGUGAACAUUCAAUAAUGAGCGGUGCAGCUUUGGGACUUGAGAUUGUUUUUGUCUUUUUUCUGGCAUUAUUUCUACUUCAUCGAUAUGGAGACUUUAAGAAACAGCAUAGACUUGUAAUUGUUGGAACGCUGCUUGCUUGGUAUCUCUGCUUUCUUAUUGUCUUCAUACUGCCUCUGGAUGUUAGUACGACAAUAUACAACCGGUGCAAGCAUGCUGCUGCAAACUCAAGCCCUCCUGAAAGUAGCAAUGUUACAGGAUUGUAUGCAACUGCUAACCCCAAGCCAAGCCAACAUCCGUGUUUCAAGCCAUGGAGUUACAUUCCUGAUGGAAUCAUGCCAAUUUUUUGGAGGGUGGUAUAUUGGACAUCACAAUUUUUAACAUGGAUUCUCUUACCGUUUAUGCAGUCAUAUGCAAGAUCAGGAGGGUUUUCUAUCACUGGGAAGAUCAAAACUGCACUGAUUGAGAAUGCAAUCUAUUAUGGCACCUAUUUGCUGAUUUUUGGAGCAUUUUUAAUUUAUGUAGCUGUAAACCCACAUUUGCAUUUAGAAUGGAAUCAGCUUCAGACAAUUGGGAUAGCUGCUGCAAAUACAUGGGGUCUGUUUCUUCUUGUGUUAUUGUUGGGGUAUGGCUUGGUGGAAAUUCCUCGGUCAUACUGGAAUGGAGCAAAAAGGGGUUAUCUACUUAUGAAAACUUAUUUUAAGGCAGCCAAACUGAUGACAGAGAAAGCAGAUGCAGAGGAGAAUUUAGAAGAUGUCAUGGAGGAAGUUCGUAAAGUGAAUGAAAGUAUCAAGUAUAAUCAUCCAUUGAGAAAAUGUGUUGAUACAAUACUUAAAAAGUGCCCUACAGAGUAUCAGGAAAAAAUGGGUAGGAACAUGGAUGAUUAUGAAGAUUUUGAUGAAAAGCAUAAUACCUACCCAAGUGAAAAAAGUCUGGUAAAACUGCAUAAACAGGUGAUUUAUUCAGUUCAGAGGCACCGUCGAACUCAAGUACAAUGGCAGAUUCUUUUGGAGCAAGCAUUUUAUCUAGAAGAUGUAGCAAAAAAUGAAACUAGUGCUACUCAUCAGUUUGUUCACACCUUUCAAUCACCAGAGCCAGAAAAUCGAUUUAUCCAAUAUUUUUAUAACCCUACAUUUGAGUGGUACUGGGAAUGUCUUUUGCGACCUUGGUUUUAUAGGAUCCUUGCUGUGGUUCUGUCCAUCUUCUCUGUGAUUGUUGUGUGGUCAGAGUGCACAUUCUUUAGCACGACUCCUGUCUUAUCCCUCUUUGCAGUCUUCAUACAGCUGGCAGAAAAAACAUACAAUUAUAUUUAUAUCGAGAUUGCUUGCUUUCUUUCCAUCUUCUUCCUAAGUAUCUGUGUUUAUUCUACUGUGUUCAGGAUUCGUGUAUUUAACUAUUACUACUUGGCUUCACAUCACCAAACUGAUGCUUAUAGCCUUCUUUUCAGUGGCAUGUUAUUUUGCCGUUUGACUCCUCCUUUAUGUCUUAAUUUCUUGGGUUUGACCCAUAUGGAUUCAUCUAUCUCUCACCAGAAUACUCAGCCAACUGCUUACACAUCUAUUAUGGGUUCCAUGAAAGUUUUAUCCUUUAUUGCAGAUGGAUUCUAUAUAUAUUAUCCUAUGUUGGUGGUAAUUCUCUGCAUAGCUACUUAUUUUAGUUUGGGAACCCGUUGUUUGAAUCUGCUUGGUUUCCAGCAGUUUAUGGGAGAUAAUGAUAUGACAUCAGACUUAGUUGAUGAAGGAAAAGAAUUAAUCAGGCGAGAGAAGAGAAAAAGGCAAAGGCAAGAAGAAGGUGAAAAUCGAAGAAGAGAAUGGAAAGAACGUUAUGGACACAAUAGAGAAGAUUCCACUAGGAACAGAAAUGUUCAUACUGACCCAAAAGAGUUAAACUUCUCAGAUAUUAAUACCAACCGAUCAGCAUCCAAAUAUACCAGGACUAAUAAUAGGACUGAAAGGGAUCGAAUAGAACUUCUCCAAGAUGCAGAACCUUUGGAUUUUAAUGCAGAAACAUUCACUGAUGAUCCUCUUGAACCUGAAUCAAGAAGGUAUCAGCCUGGUGGACGAUAUCACUCGAUGUCUUAUGCCGGAAUAUUUGAUGAUGUGUAAUGCCUGAAAAAAUUUAUGGAACAGCUAACCAAUGUCAACACAUCAGUUCAGCCUUUAUGAACAUUCUGUGUACUCUAGGAUUUCCUUUUUACUCUCAAAGUAUCAGGAUAACAAAAAAGGCACUGAGAAUUAAUUAUAUCUUAAUAAUAGUUUAUUGCUCAUUGAAUAGAAUAUUGUCUUUUCUAACAAGAUUUAGUACAUACCAUUCACUAAGCAUCUGCCUUAGAAGUACAGUUACAAUGGAAGGAUUUAAUUCAUGGUAAGGAUAAGAAUAUGUUGACAAUGUGUAGUGCAGUUUGUUUCAGAUUAAUUUUUUUUCAGGAAAGUUAAAGGUUCAAGGAAGCCAUAAGUCAUACUAAAUAAUAUUAUACAGUUUCAUUAUUGUGAUUUACAUUUUUGUUAUUAAAAAAAUGUUUAACCUGUAUUUCCCAAAGAAAUGUAAGUGAAUGGAGACCUCAAAUAAUAACCAUAUUCAUAAAAUCCAUGUCUUAAAACAAGGCUUACUUACCAGACAUAACUAAAUGUAAAAAGUGCUUUUUUAAAUCUAUUUGCAAAUUAGUGGGGGUUUUGCAUGUACAAUUAAGAUUAUACUUCAACUGAUAAGUGUUAGUGUCGUUAGCAUGUAUACUAUAAUCAGAUGAUAUAUUAUUCUUUCAGUCCUCUGUAGUAACUGGAUUUGUUUAUGCAUUUGGUAUUGCUUUGUAAAAGAUUUUCAUUUCAGAAAACAAUGAUCAUUUUUAUCAUUUAGCAUAUUAAGUGUUGAUCAUGUCAUUCAAGGAUAAAUCUUAAGCAUUAAUGAUAAAUAGUUUUAUUUUUUUUUGUAGCCAGAGAGUUCCACAAAAUUCUCUAAUAUUUAAAGGUGCCUGGUUAUAUUUUUUGAUAAAAAAAUGUGGUUAUUCAAAGGUAAAAAGUGAGUCCAUUUGCUGUUAUUACUGACACUUAAAAUGUGGUUUAUACAAAACAGAAAAUGAUAUUAGAAUGGAAAUGUGUAGUCAUAGCUUGGUUAAACAUGCUUAUUAUUUAAACUUGUUUUAACCUUUGUGUUUAAGCCAAAGUUAGGUAUUAUAUUUCAAAGCACCAGUGAACGUGGUUGAGUGCAACAUGCUUAUAGAGAGUAUUUUAUGCCUGUGAAAUAUUUGCAGCUCUUAGACAAUUCAUGCUACAUCGGGUGACCAUACUUGAGACUUCCCAGUAUAGUCUCAGUUUAACACCUGUUAUCUUUUGUAAUCAUUACUAAUGCUCACUUUCACUCUCAAGUAUCCCAGUUUGAAGAUAAAUUAUAUGGUCACCUAACAAUAUGAUUAUAUGUUUGUGGAAGGCAAUCUUUCCCUGAGUCAUAAAUUUAAAAUUUUUAUUUUCCUCUUGAAUGAGUGUCAUCAUGUAAAUUUUGAAAAGACAGUUGUUUGCGGGUACUGAAAGGAAUAGUGCAUUAUCCUAAUUAUCUGAUUUGUUUGAUCUUUUGAGUUUUUGUGAUCUUUGAGAUUAGAUUCCCUUUAAAAUUAUUAUCAAUGGAUAGAUUUACUCUCAGUUGAAGGUCAUAUAAACUGCUUAUUUGAGGGAACACACUCACAGCUUUUUAUCCUGAAGUAUGGUCAAAGAGCAAUAGAACAGGCCAGGAGCAGAGAUAAUGUAACUGUGUGCAAUUUCAUCAUUGACUCAUUGAGUACCUUGGGCAAAUCAUAACCUUUCCGUGCCUCAGUUUCUUCAUUUGCAGAAUGAAGAUGAUAUUUGUUAUUUACCUACUGAUCUACCUCACAAAGCUAUUGUGAGGGAGUUGAGUUGAUGUUAUGUACUAGAGUUUAAAAAGAUAAAACAAGUUGUUAGCUGUGCUGUUUUUCAUAGUGGUACUUGAAGGUAUUGGAUAGGGGAAAUGAUCUUCCCAGAAAAUGGUCCCAUUUCUUGUUAUUACAGCAACACUUACAAGUCCCCAAAGCAUACACUCUUUAUGGACUAAUUCAUUAAAAGUCCUGUGAAAAUAGUGUUGUUUUAUUUAGUCUUUGGGUUUACUUUGGAAUAUUUUCUUAAGUAUGAUGUUUCUCAUCAGGUUUUGUCAUGAAACUCAGAUGUUGUUGAAGUAGAAGCAGAAAAAGGGAAGAAAUUAUCCAGUUACUUUUAUAACUAUCUUUUAUUAAUGCCCUAAAAUAAAUUGAUAGGAAUGUG